AUGGGAGCGGUGGGUUUCCCGCAGACGCACGGCGUGCAGAGUCUCGCACACGGCGGCGCGCACUUCGCUCUCGCGCAGCACCAGCAGCAGCAGCUGGUGUCAGCGGAGCGGCUCUCGCGCAGCGCCGCCCCUGACCUCGCGCUGCUGAAGGGCGCGCUGAGGCGCAGACAGCUUUACUGCAGGACCGGACAUCAUCUGCAGAUCCUGCCGGACGGGACAGUGCAGGGCACGAGACAGGACCACAGCAGGUUCGGCAUCCUGGAGUUCAUCAGCCUCGCCGUAGGACUGGUCAGCAUCCGUGGUGUGGACAGCGGCCUAUACUUGGGCAUGGACAGCAAAGGGCAGCUGUACGGCUCGGAGAAGCUGACGGCUGAGUGCAUCUUCCGGGAGCAGUUCGAGGAGAACUGGUACAACACUUACGCGUCCAACCUCUACAAGCACGGAGAGCGAGGGCCGCACUACUUCGUCGCACUCAACAAAGACGGGACGUCGAGGGAUGGCACCCGAUCUCGGAGGCACCAGCGCUUCACGCACUUCCUACCCCGGCCUGUGGAUCCGGAGCGGGUGCCCGAGCUUUACAAGGAGGUUCUGGGCCACAGCUGA